AUGGAAGAUCUCGACUCGGGCUUGCUGGCCAUUGGCCUUUCCGACGGCGACGACAGCGCCCCCGAGGCCGCAGAGCCCUCGAAGAUCAAAAUCCCCGGGACGGCCCGGACUGAGCAAUCAGAAGAAGCGUUCCAGGCCGUGCAGCGGGGCUACACGGUCAAAGUUGAAAACGGCGAGAUAUGGAAGGAGAUCAGGUUACCCUUAGGACGCAAGGUCGCGAAGCCGGAGGCACAGGCGCUGCUGCACGCCGUGGAGGAGUUGUACUUCUUCAGGCGAUAUGAUGAGGGAGCGGCAUUUGUGAAGAAAGUGCUAGACGGUGAGGGUGGUGCCGGUGGGUUGGACAAAGACACGAGUAAGACACUCAGGUAUUACCAAGACAAGUGCGAGCAGAAGGCUACGCACAAGUGA